AUGAUGAAUUCUUCAUCAAAAUUUGAUUAUCAAGAAAUCAAACAAUGGUUGCUCGAUCUCAAAUGGACACCGGAAUUGGCGGUGCAAUGGCAAAAAUUCUACGAUGAUGCACCGCGUCUUUCUGUUUUUGCUCGAAACGGUCAAUUUGAGGAUGAACUUCUUGAUCAACCACCGAAGUAUGAAGAUUUUAAACCAGCUGAAUGUAGCAAAUAA